CAAAAAUAAGGCCAUCUUUGUCACUGGCUGGCAUCAAAGCAGCCCUCUGAAUGGCGGGUUUCUGGCUGGGCUCCUGGUGAAAGGAAACCUGGAGGGUGACUGACCCGAGCCUCCCUGCCUCUUCCACGCAGACAUGAUGGACGGUCCUCGUUCCGAUGUGGGCCGCUGGGGCGUGAGCCCCUGGCAGCCCCCCACAACACCCUCCCCGGAGCCGGAGCCGGAGCCGGACAGACGGUCCCGCAGAGGAAGCCGUUCCUUCUGGGCUCGAUGCUGCAGCUGCUGCUCCUGCCGGAGUGGGGCGGACGAUGACUGGGGGACUGGGCCCCACAGAGACUCUGGCUCCAGGGGUGGAGGGUCCAGCUCUGGGGGACGAAGGCCUGGCUCCCGGGGCUCAGACUCCCGCCGGCCUAUCUCGCGGGGCAGCGGUGUGAACGCGGCCGGAGAUGGUGUCAUCCGAGAGGGCAUGUUGGUGGUGACGGGUGUGGAUCUCAUGUGUUCACGCUCGGACCAGAACCGCCAAGAGCACCACACAGACGAGUUCGAGUACGAUGAGCUGAUCCUGCGCCGUGGGCAGCCUUUCCACAUGGUGCUCUUCCUGUCGCGGCCCUACGAGUCCUCCGACCGCGUCAUCCUGGAGCUGCACAUCGGAAACAACCCCGAGGUGGGCAAGGGCACCCAUGUGAUCAUCCCGGUGGGCAAGGGGGGCAGUGGAGGCUGGAAGGCCCAGGUGACCAAGUCCAGUGGGCAGAAUCUGAACCUGCGGGUCCACACCUCCCCCAACGCCAUCAUCGGCAAGUUUCAGUUCACAGUCCGCACACAUUCAGAGGCUGGCGAGUUCCUGUUGCCCUUCGACCCCCACAAUGAGAUCUACAUCCUCUUCAAUCCCUGGUGCCCAGAGGACAUCGUGUAUGUGGACCGUGAGGACUGGCGGCAGGAGUACGUGCUCAAUGAGUCUGGGAGGAUUUACUAUGGGACUGAAGCACAGAUUGGGGAGCGGACGUGGAACUACGGCCAGUUUGACCAUGGGGUGCUGGAUGCCUGCCUGUACAUCCUGGACCGGCGGGGCAUGCCAUAUGGAGGCCGUGGGGACCCAGUCAGUGUCUCCCGAGUCAUCUCUGCCAUGGUGAACUCCUUAGAUGACAAUGGGGUCCUGAUUGGGAACUGGUCUGGCGAUUACUCCCGAGGCACCAACCCGUCAGCGUGGGUGGGCAGCGUGGAGAUCCUCCUCAGCUACCUGCGCACCGGCUCCUCUGUCCCCUACGGCCAGUGCUGGGUCUUCGCCGGUGUGACCACCUCAGUUUUGCGCUGCUUGGGCCUGGCCACUCGUACCGUCACCAACUUCAACUCAGCGCAUGACACAGACACGUCCCUCACCAUGGACAUCUACUUCGAUGAGAACAUGAAGCCGCUCGAGCAUCUGAACCAUGAUUCUGUCUGGAACUUCCACGUGUGGAAUGACUGCUGGAUGAAGAGGCCGGAUCUGCCCUCGGGCUUUGAUGGUUGGCAGGUUGUGGAUGCCACACCCCAGGAGACCAGCAGUGGCAUCUUCUGCUGUGGCCCUUGCUCCCUGCAGUCCAUCAAGAAUGGCCUGGUCUACAUGAAGUACGACACACCCUUCAUUUUCGCCGAGGUGAACAGUGACAAGGUUUACUGGCAGCGACAGGACGAUGGCAGCUUCAAGAUUGUGUACGUGGAGGAGAAGGCCAUUGGCACACUCAUCGUCACAAAGGCCAUUGGCUCCAACAUGCAGGAGGAUGUCACCCACCUUUAUAAGCACCCAGAAGGCUCAGAAGCAGAGCGGAAGGCAGUGGAGACAGCAACCGCCCAUGGCAGCAAACCCAAUGUGUACGCCACCCGGGACUCAGCUGAGGACGUGGCGAUACAGGUGGAGGCCCAGGACGCAGUGAUGGGGCAGGAUCUGGCGGUCAGCGUGUUGCUGACCAAUCGCAGCAGCAGCAGCCGCCGCACCGUGAAGCUGCACCUCUACCUCUCGGUCACCUUCUACACCGGUGUCACCGGGUCCGUCUUCAAGGAGAACAAGAAGGAAGUGGUGCUGGCUCCAGGGGCCUCGGACCGUGUGACCAUGCCGGUGGCCUACCAGGAAUACAAGCCCCACCUUGUGGACCAGGGGGCCAUGCUGCUCAAUGUCUCCGGCCACGUCAAGGAGAGCGGGCAGGUGCUGGCCAAGCAGCACACGUUCCGCCUGCGCACCCCGGACCUCUCCCUCACGUUGUUGGGAGCAGCUAUGGUUGGCCAGGAGUGCGAAGUACAGAUUGUUUUCAAGAACCCCCUGCCUAUCACCCUCACCAACGUAGUCUUCCGGCUCGAGGGCUCCGGGUUACAGAGACCCAAGAUCCUCAACGUGGGGGACAUUGGGGGCAACGAGACAGUGACGCUGCGCCAGACGUUCGUGCCUGUGCGACCAGGGCCCCGCCAGCUCAUCGCCAGCUUGGACAGCCCACAGCUCUCGCAGGUGCACGGUGUCAUCCAGGUGGACGUGGCCCCAGCCUCCGGCAGCCGGGGUGUCUUCUCAGAUGCCGGAGGCAGCAGUCGCUCAGGAGAAACUAUUCCUAUGGCUUCUCGAGGUGGGGCUUAGCCCUGGGCCAGGAGCCACAGGACUGGAGUCAGAUGAACAAGGACACUGCCUCAAGAUGGGGGUCUGCUGCAGAGCGGCUCCCCAGGGGCGCGGGCGGGGAGGCCGGGGAGGGAGCCUAUCUUCACUUGCACUGGACAGCACAGAAACUAAUAAACCUUUUUUUAAUGAA